CGCUUCACUUCCGCUUCCGCCGCCAUUUUCUCCGCCAGGCCGGGCCCGGAGCCGCCGCCGCCGCCGCCAUGGGCGGGCACCUGAGCCGGCGCUACCUGUGGGACGCCGAGGCCGAGCCCGACCCGCUGCACAUGCCGUCCUUCCCCGCCCAGCUGGGCAUGCCGGCCCGCCAGCCGCGCGUGAUGGUGGCCUCGGCGUCCCAGCUGGCCGAUGCCCGCGUGCCCCUGGAGCAGAGGGAUUUCUGCGGGCACCACCUGGUGCGGCUGCUGCGGUGCCAGCGGGACAACUUCCCUGUGCCCUGGGGGUGCCACGCGCUGCGGCACGCCUGGGACAGCUGCCAGCACCAGGACUAUGUGAUGCGCAUGAAGGAGUUUGAGCGCGAGCGGCGCCUGCGGCUGCGGCAGCAACGGCUGAGGAAGCGACACGGGGACAGCGGGGACAGCGGGGACAGCGAGUGACACCGGGGACAGCGAGUGACAAACAGGGACAGCGAGUGACACUGGGGACAGCGAGUGACAAACGGGGACAGCGGGGUACCACGGUGACACCAAGUGAUGCUGGCAACACCGAGUGACGUCUGGGACACCCAGUGACAUCCGAGUGACACAGAGUGACACCAAGUGACACCUGAGUGACACCCGAGGAACCAGAUGACACCUGAUGACACUGAGUGACACCAAGUGACACCUGGGACUCUGAGUGACACCCGAGUGACACUGGAAACAUCACCGAGUGACACCGAGUGACACCCCAGUGACGGGGACACGAGGCCACCCCCCAAUAAAGCUGUCAGGUGACACCGCAGUGACACUGAGUGACACCCGAGGAACCAAGUGGCACCCGAGGAACCAAGUGGCACCCAAUGACACCGAGUGACACCUGAGUGACAUCUGGGACUCCGAGCGACACCCGAGUGACGCUGGCAACACCUGAGUGUCACCCGAGGAACCGAGUGACACCCGAGUGACACCUGGUGACACCAAGUGACAUUGAGUGACACCGAGUGACACCCCAGUGACGGUGACACGAGGCCGCCCCCCAAUAAAGCUGUCACACACGG